AGUGGUCGUCUCGACAACUUAUUUUUAUAAAAACAUAUUAACGUAUCUUUAUAAAAUCACAUGCGUCGCAUACGAGAUACGUGAUUUAUCUGUUUUGAUUGAUCAACUUUUGAUUAGUUUAAACGGUAAGCUUUUUUUGUUAACGUGAUCAAUAUUAAUUGUUAUAUAAAUAAUUUUUUUUUUUAUAACGAAUUAUAUUGGAAAUUGUGCUCUAAGCGGUUUUUACUAAUUAAAUUAAUUGAUUGACCUAUCAUGUGGUAUCUGCAAUAUUUCGUUAAUCUGUCAAUUAUCAAUUUUGUAUUAUUUAACAUGUAUUAAAGAAGAUUGGAAACAAUGAAUUUUAUAGUUUUUAAGCAAUUCUGCGAUUAAUUUAUUCUUGGAGUCUAGGCGUUGUCUGGAGUUUUUGCGCAAAGUAGCUAUGUAACUUUGUUCUUUGACAAGAAAUGUGAAAAGUGAGUUUUUAGCAUUAAAGUUAAUGGAAAAUUUUUUUACUUGCGUUUACUCUAGAAAAACAUUACAGGUCUCCAACGAUUUAUUUUUCCCGCGUUAUCUGUCGCGCUUUGAUCCGCGCCGCUGGUGGGAGAGGCACAGGUUUCGCAGCUUCACCAAUCACAUAAGACCACGAUCGCAAUGGCGGCGUGGCUGGACGAUUUCGUGUUAUCGGAUGGUUCGGUGGGUUAGGUGUCGAUCUGACGGUGUCAAGCGCGUUAGUCUCCUUAUUUACAGCAUAACUCGUCGCACACAGUGGAACUGAUUUUUUUUCACCCCUCAGUCAUGUACGGUUUCUUGAUAGUGGCACUGCUAGAUGUAACCCUCGACGUGGUCGGAAGUGUCUCGCAAGCGGAGAUCGCUAAACAUCUGGAGUAUGGCAGGGAGUUCCUGGCGAAGGGUCAGCUGCAGGAUGCACUGUCACACUAUCACGCAGCCGUUGAGGGAGAUCCCAGCAAUUACCUGACGUAUUACAAGAGAGGCACGGUUUAUUUAGCACUGGGCAAAGCCAAGUUUGCUCUCCUCGACCUCGACAAGGUUCUCGAGUUGAACGUUGACUUCACGCCAGCGAGGCUGCAGCGUGGUAACAUUUUACUCAAGCAGGCUCACUUUGACGAAGCUGAAAUCGACUUUCACGAUGUGCUAGCAUUAGAACCAAAUAAUAGAGAUGCCUUGAAUGCCUUAGAGAGGUUAUAUCCAGCUAGAGAAGAUAUGAAAUUAGUCGAUAUGUUUGUGUAUAAUGGUGACCAUGCAUCAGCUGUGCAACAGAUUACACGACUAAUCGAGAUUUGCCCAUGGUCCUCGUAUCUUAGAGAACGUAGGGCAGAGAGCCAUGUUAUUCUUGGUGACUAUAUGAGCGCCAUAUCUGACAUACGUUCGACUACAAAAUUGUUGUCCGAUAAUACGGAGGGUUUCUUUAAGCUUUCAACUUGGCUGUACCGUCUUGGGGAGGUUGACGAGGCAUUAAAGGAAAUUCGAGAAUGUUUAAAGCUCGAUCCGGACCACAAGCAAUGUUUCCCUUUUUACAAGAAGAUUAGAAAGAUAAAGAAGUUGCUGCAGGACGCAGAGACAGCGCUAGAUGAUAAGGAUUAUGACGCGUGCAUCGAUUCAGCCCGUCGCAUGCUGACGCAAGAACCGAAUGAGUCGAAAGUGCAGUUCACAGCUUAUCAUUACCUCUGCAAAUGUUACACGGAAAAUUCUGAGACAACUCAAGCAAUUAAUAAUUGUCAAGCGGCGUUAAAUAUUAGAAGAGAACCGAAUGUGCUGUGUGAUAGUGCAGAAGCGUAUCUUGCUGCGGAAAUGUUCGACGAUGCCAUAAGAGAUUUCAAGGAAGCAUUAGAGAUAGAUUCGUCCUUACAAAGAGCCAAACAGGGACUGCAAAAGGCGCAGCAACGACAAAAGCUGUCGGAAUCGCGAGAUUAUUAUAAAAUCCUAGGUGUCCCAAGAACGGCGAACAAACGGGAUAUCAUUAAGGCUUAUCGAAAAGCGGCGCAAAAGUGGCAUCCGGACAAUUUUCAGGAAGGCGACGAGAAGAAACGCGCGCAGAAGAAGUUUAUCGAUAUUGCCGCCGCCAAGGAGGUCCUCACGGACGACGAGAAGAGGGCGAAGUUCGAUCAGGGCGAGGAUCCCCUAGAUCCGGAAUCGGGUCGGCAUCAGCAGGGUUUUAAUCCUUUCCAGGAGUUCCACCACUUCCACGGUUCUCCCUUCCAAUUUAAGUUCCACUUUAAUUAAACACACGCCGCAAAUCUCGUGAUAGAAGAAUUGUCAUUAUUAAAUUCUAACGCACGCGUAAACUCGUGCGCCCAUCACUUCGUUCGAGACGGAGUGUCCUCUCUUCGUUCUAGCUCGAAUUUCAUUUCGCUACCUCGUCGUGUUGAGAAUGCGCGUGUCUAAUCCAUUCGGAUUCGGGAAAUUCUACGUGCGCCGUGUUGUGUCGACGUGUCGGUAAACAGAACAGUGGCCAUCUCGCGAUACCGCCUCGCGGGCAACGCCUACAACUGUCUCGGCACAUAGUAUUUAAUUAAGAGAAGGCGAAGGUGCAUUUAAUUGCCCGCACUAGUUUCGUCUACUGCAAAAACUUGUAAUAACAGUACUCUCUAGUACAUGCAGACUGAGCGAUGAAUAUAAUCUAUUUCGAUUUAGUUAAAAACGUUUGUCGCGUGUACUUUUAUCAUCAUCGCAUUACCGACCUGUACGUUAUUGAUAAUAUCGUGAUUAUUUCCCACGUAUGUUGCAACGUACGUUAGGGACGUAUAGUGAUCAUCACACUGCCACUGAUUGCUUCAGCGGCUGUUCAUUUUUAGCUUGAGAAUGUGCGACAACUAGAUCGAAUAAGUCCGAAAGAUGUAAUGUAUUUAUCGAGUACGAUACUGAGCCGGUAUAUUUAUAUCAUUACUACUUUCGCGUAUUCGAGGAAUUCGUACUCGAUAAUGUUCAAAUGAUGUGUAGAACAAUGCUGUGCGCUUGUCAUGUUUGCAUGUGUGUGAGUCAGAUUUUCAUGUAAAUACUGUAUUUCUGAUAUUUGUUUAAAAAUAUAUUUGAAUAAUUUAUACAGA